CGCUCUCAUGCGCUUUUGGGAAUUAGGUUUAAAUGAUUUAAUUUCACUUUUAACUUCACUAAUCAUGAUAAUAACUUCUAUCUUUCUUCCUAAUUUUAUGAGUAUGUUUAAUUAAAACGUUGGACGGGCGCCGACCUUUCGUGCCCUAAUUAACCCUAAAUGUCACCAUUCUACCUAUUGUGCCCCUAAUAAGCCCUACAUUUAUAGUUUCACUUCAAUUUCUUGAAAACCAACAUUUCUCUUGGGAUUUUUUUUUAUUCUCUAAAGUCUAAAUACACAAGACUCGAUAAAAAUAAGAAAACCAAGCAAGCCAAAGGCAUACAAAAAGUCCAUUAUGUCCUUCAAUAAGUCGUCAUUAUUCUAAGGAAUUAUCAACAACCCAGAUUGAAAAUUAGAAGAGGAGAUUACUACGAUAAUUAGAAGAGGAGGGAAAUAAUUUCGAAUUUAUGGAAUCAAAAUUAAAAAAAAUAUCAUUCUAUUCCCAAAGAGAAAAGGAAAACAAAAUCAAAAUUAUUAGUAGGAAUGUAAUGGGAAAAGAAAAACGUAAAUCGAAAUUAAAAAGGAAAUUUUCUUUUUUGAUGCCAGCCAGCCCAGGAGCGCAGGGCUUUAAAUAGCCGAAACCCAACCGAAAGGAUUCCAUUCCAUUCAACCAUUCAGCCGAGAGCGAGCUGGUAGACGCUUUUUCUCCUUCCCAGUUCCCCUUUUCUGCGGCCUCGUCUCUUUUUCCUUGCGCGCUCUCUCUCUCUCUCUGCCACCCUAAUCUAGGGUUUUAGUGAGACGGCUACUUCGCCUCCUCCAAGCUUUCAUACUACCGCUGCUUUUUGAACUUCCGUCUGAAACCAUGGGCAGCGACAAGGCUAACUUCAAUAUGGCCGAUCUUAGCGCAGCUUUGAAUGAAGGGGAUCGUGCUGGGCUUGUUAACGCACUCAAGAAUAAGCUGCAAAAUUUGGCUGGGCAGCACACGGAUAUGAUCGAGGCCUUGCCUCCUCCAGUGCGUGAGCGUGUUGAGCGUCUCAGAGAAAUUCAGAGCCAACAUGAUGAGCUGGAAGCAAAAUUUUUUGAGGAGAGGGCGGCCCUUGAAGCCAAGUACCAAAAGUUGUACCAACCGCUUUACACCCAGCGUUAUGGAAUUGUGAACGGUGUUGCCGAAGGCGAGGAAGUACCGAAGAAGGAAAGUGCAGUCCCGGAAGAGGGGGAUAAGACUGAGGCAGUUGAAGAGAAAGGUGUCCCAGAGUUUUGGCUCCUUGCCAUGAAGAAUAAUGAAGUCUUAACUGAGGAGAUUACUGAGAGGGAUGAAGGAGCUUUGAAGUAUUUGAAAGAUAUCAAAUGGUGCAGAGUGGAAGAGCCCAAAGGGUUCAAGCUUGAGUUUUUCUUUGAUACCAAUCCUUACUUCAAGAACUCUGUCCUAACCAAGACAUAUCACAUGAUUGACGAGGAUGAGCCCAUUCUUGAGAAAGCUAUUGGGACUGAAAUCGAAUGGUAUCCAGGGAAGUGCUUGACCCAAAAGAUCCUUAAGAAGAAGCCAAAGAAGGGGUCCAAGAAUGCUAAGCCCAUAACCAAAACCGAGGAAUGUGAAAGCUUUUUCAACUUCUUCAAUCCUCCACAAGUUCCUGAGGAUGAUGAGGAGAUCGAUGAAGAUACUGCUGAAGAGCUUCAGAAUCAAAUGGAACAAGACUAUGACAUUGGUUCUACCAUUCGGGACAAGAUCAUCCCCCAUGCUGUGUCAUGGUAUACCGGGGAGGCUAUACCAGCUGAUGAUGAUGGGCUUGAUCUGGAUGAUGAUGAGGACGAUGAUGUCGAUGAAGAUGACGAUGAAGAUGAAGAGGAUGAUGAGGAAGAGGACGAUGAUGAGGAUGACGACGAUGAAGAAGAGGUGAAGACUAAGAAGGGUGCCGCUGGGAGCAAGAAGAGUGGUGGCAGCAAGACACAAGCAUUGGAUGGCCAGCAGCAGGGAGAGCGGCCUCCAGAGUGCAAGCAGCAGUAAAAGAUGUCAAAGCCUCUUAGAGUUUUGGAUGGUGGAAGGAAGAUGAUGAUGUUUUCGCCUUAGUUUUUAUUUGGGCAGUGUGGGAGAGAGGGGAGAUAGAACACAGACGGUCGUGGAUGUUUUGGAGGGUGGUUCCUUUUUAUCCAUUUUUGUUUCUCAUUAUCUCUUGUUUCUUAACUUGCAUGCAAUUCAAGUCAGUUUGUUUGUUGAGGAAGGGAGAGAUUGAUUAGGGUUAUAUUAGUUGUAGUCCAGACUCCAGAGUCGAGACACAGAUUGGUUUCUCCUUAAUUUUGCCCCUUUGCUCUUUGUUGUUAUUUUCGUGUAAUCCAUGGCCGGCAGGGUUUUAUCUUAAUGUGAAUGUGUUGCGUUGGGUUUCUCUAUGCUCUUAUUUCCUUUCUUCAACCAAUCAAUCUUACUGGAAUUU